AUGGGCAAUGCACCGCGCAAGCUAGGCGAGGUUCCGGACGAGCACACGGGCCUCACCGAGGCCGAGAUGGUGCUGGUCCAGGAGUCGUGGCGCAGCUUCUGCGACCACUACCGCGACUACGGCGUCCUCAUCUUCCUCUCCAUGUUUGCCAAGCACCCCGAGUACCUGCCCAUGUUCCUCAACUUCCGCGCCCACGGGUGCUCUAUCGGCUACCACGUGACCUCCAUGGUCGAGAGCCUCGGCGAUCCACCCUCCCUGGAGGUGCUGGUGCGCCGCAACGCGACCGAACACCUUCGCCGCAAGGGUGUCAAGCCGCACCACUUCGAAGUGUUGGGCGGCUGCCUGGUGGCCGUCCUCCAGUCGACAGAGGAGAAACUGAUGACGCCGGCAGCCGUCGAAGGUUGGCAAAAGUUCCUAAAGUGCAUGUUGGCCCUAAUCAAGGACGUGUUCGACAAGGCAGCCGCGCGCGCCGAACGCGGAGCCCCACGGGGAACUCGGCGAUGA